AUGGUCUCUACAGACAGCGGCAACAACAUCACCCUAAGCACCAGUAGCAGCUGCAACACUCCUUAUGAGGACGCCAUUCCAAGCGAAGUGACCGACCGCUGUGUCAAUGCCGCUAUCCCUUAA